CUCUGGGAGCUAUCCCAGAGUGCUCCAAUGUGAGUUUCAACUCUGAUGCACUAGCCAGGUACACAGGAAAAGCACUGGGAACUUCUGAAUUUCAUUUCCUGUUUGGUCAGCAUGGCGAGUUCAGCAGAAUCACAAACUAGCUCCAGUAUGGAGUGAAUGGGAGACCCUGGAUCCGAUUGCUGUAUGGGAGAAGAAUCUGUGCAGGCAGAACUCAGAUCCAGCAGAAGAAAUGCUAAUAUAUAUGCCAAAAUCGCACAGGGUCUGGUGGAGAGAGGCUACACCAGGGAUGCACAGCAGUGCCGCGUGAAAAUUAAGGCACUCAGGCAAGCCUACCAAAAGAUGAAGGCGGCAAACAGUUGCUCCUGGUCAGAGCCCCAGACAUGUCACUUCUAUGAUCAGCUGCAUGCCAUUCUAGGGGGGAACCCUACCAGUUCCCCAACAUUCUCUGUGGACACCUGCAAGGUGGCAGUCUCACGCAACACGGAUGAGGAUUUUAUGGAUGAGGAAGAGGAGGAGGAGAAUGCGCAGCAGGCAAGCGGAGAAUCCGUUCUCCACAGCAGCCAGGACCUUUUCCUCACCCUGAGCCAAUACCCUCCCAAGGCCUAUUGUUCCCAGACCCUGAUGGCAGAGAAGGCACCUCUGCUACAAAUGUUUCUGUGCUCCCUGCAUCAACUCCGUCCCUGAGGUUAUCGCAGAUUAGAAGGCAAAAAAAAUGCACUCGCAAUGACAUGUUUUCAGAGCUCAUGCAAUCCUCCCGCACUGAUAGGGCACAGCUGAAUGCAUGGAGGCAUUCAGUGGCAGAGGCCAGAAAAACAUACAGUGACCGUGAUCGUAAUAUGCAGGAGGAGAUGCUGAGGCUAAUGGGGGAUCAAACGGACAUGAUGAGGUGUCUGGUGGAGCUGCAGGAAAGGCAACUAGACUACAGACCCCCACUGCAGCCAUUGUUGAACCACAUGCCCUCCUCGCCAAGUUCCAUAUCCUCCUCACCCAGAUGCCCAAGAACGCGAGUGGGGGGAGGCUCCGGGCACCCUGUCACUCAACUCCAGGGGAUGGCCGAAGCAACAGAAGAUUGUCAUUCAAACACCUUUGAUUUGUCGUGUGGCUACAAUAAGCAAUGUGGUCUUGUCCUUUCCUCUCCUCCCCCACUCUGUUAUCAAACCUUUCGUACACCUGGGCUUCCUUUUACUAGUCAGCAUUGCCAGUGAUCUCAGGUUUUUUUUAAAUAAAGAAUGAAUGGAUUCAGAACAA